AUGCAUGAAUGAUACAAAUAGAGUGCUUUAAUGUCUACAAAAUAAUUUUUGCAUUGUAGAAACAGUAAAACCGAGAAUCAAACUUCCUAGUUCUUUGCUAAGCUUGCCGGUGUAAAAUUAAAAACAGACCCCUGUUGAGAAAUAACCCUGGGUCUAACGAUCUGUUGCAGCUGUUGUUAACACUAUAUAUACAGUCUACUGAGCUAUGACAGACGAGAACACUGUCGUCUUUUGGCCUAAAAUAGUUCUCUUUGGUGAUUCUCUAACACAGCAUUGUUUCGGCAGCGAAGGGAAAUGGGGAGCAUUACUAGCAGAUCACCUACAGAGAAAGUGUGAUGUUAUAAAUCGUGGUUUUUCGGGCUACAAUGUCCGCUGGUGUAAGUACCUCCUGCCUCAGCUGAUAUCUGAGGAAGACGCUGACGUCAUAGCUGCAGUGACGAUUUUCCUCGGCACCAAUGACUCGAAUGACGCAACUCUCAACUCAAAGCAGCACGUGCCAUUAGAGGAAUACCAGGAGGGUCUCAACGAAAUGGUGGAAUAUCUGCAGUCUGCUGGUCUUGAAAGACAUCAGAUUAUUCUGAUUACCCCUCCACCAUGUGAUGUGAAAGCCUGGGAGAAAGAAUGCACUGCUAAAGGUCGCCCAAUGGCUAAAUCUAACAAGACUGCAGGAGAAUAUGCUAAAGCAUGUGUAGAGGCAGCCAAUGAGUGUGGAACAAAAUGUGUCGACCUGUACACAGCCAUGAUGAAAAAUGAGGGUUGGGAAGAGUAUUUGCAUGACGGCCUCCACCUCAGUUCCAAGGGAUCAGAAUUCUUGUUCGGCCUUCUUCGUCCAUUGAUCGACCAACUUACUUCAAACCUCAAAACACGAUUUCCCCUUUGGGAUCAAAUUGACGAAAAGAAUCCCGAGGCAUCGUUGUGCUUGGACACAAUUUGACACAAUGUAGACCACUCAUCAUGUGAAAACCAAUUCAAAGUUUUUUUUUAUAUGUGGACCUGUGCUUAAAAAACUGACAAAAAGACCAUCCUGAGGAUUUUACUGUUGUUAAGAUUAUUCUAAUUAGCAGUGCCUUUUUAAUAAAAAAAAAAUCCCCAAAA